AGCACCAGCCACCUUUCAGCACAAGCCUCCUUUCAUGUGAGAAGCGAUGUCCAGCGCACCGGAUUUGCAUGCGGCUGUGGCAUCGGUGGUGAGUUGCUUGGAAGGCUGUCAUGCUCGAGUGUCUCAGCAAGAUAUUUUGCGGGAAUUUGGUGCUUCCAAAGCGGAGGCCCGUAGCAUCUUGGCAACAGCGGCGACGUUUGGGGGCGAGGGCCGGCCAUUCUCUCUGGAUUUCGUGGCUGUCACCGACCUGGCCGAUGGUUCUCGCGAGGUUCGCUUGAUCCCCGAGGAAACGACCGGGCGGAGAGAGGUGGAAGAAUAUGCGAUACGGAAAUCGUCCAUAAGCGCACAGGACGCAGCCACGCUGCAAUGGAGAGCCGACUUGGAGACAUACUGGGAGAGAUACAAGGAGCCAGUCACCCAAAACCGAGAAGUGUCAGUGGUCGUGGACCUGUCCGAUGGGGAGGAUGAAUGCCGAAUGCUGGAUUCCUAAAAAGAAACGCGGCACCGGCCAGCUGGCAAGUUCAGGGCUGGAGUUCGACGCAGCUCUCUCGGAAGCACCGGUCAACAAGAUCUACCAGGAAAACUGCCUGAUGGACGUCGGAACUUGAUACGCAGCAUCUCCGUGCCGUUCUGCCGGUUC